CCUGUGGAGAUGGUAUUUUUAUAAAAAUGCAGCCGGGCAGAAGACAAAGAAACAUUUCAUUCAGUGCCUGCUACUCGGUACCAUAAAAGUUUUUGUGUUUUAAAUAUUUCCGAAAUCUUAUUACAGUAAUAUAUACGUAGUUAGGCACUCUUUCUUGACUAUAUCGUAAGACAUGGUGGUGGUCUCUGUGUUCUUGAUCUUUUUUGGGUCUCCCCAGAUUUGAACCAAGUGGCCAUCCCCGUGUUUCACAGCCUUUUUGACAAGGGAAUCUCUGGGGACAGAGUUUAUUGAGUUUCAGCUUCUGGGUUUCGCCUGGAAAACUAUUAAGUUGAUUAAAGUUUGCAUCUUUGCAGUGAAUUCUUCUAGUUUGGAGCACUGGGUAUUCUUCUAUUUCUGGGAAUUUCACUGGGGAAUGGUUGUUUUUCUGUUAUAGAGGCAGAGUUUUGAUCUCUAUAUCAUUUCAAGGUACCUUUUAUCUCUUUUUCCCUAUUUUUCCCCAAAAAGGUUGCUUGUUUGGAUUCAAUUCAUCUAACUCGGAGCAGAUGAAAGCGACUGUUCACUGCAGAUUUUGACUUUUUUGGUUUAAACCUACGGAAAGUCGUGAAUUUUAAUCUCUUGAUUUUGGGUUGGAGUUGUUAUCUGAAAAAUUGAGAUGAUAAAGUGAUAAGUGAUGAUGUUGAAAUAUUAAUCUGAUGAUGAUGAAAAAUUUCUGGUCUUCAAGUUAUUGAAAGUAUAGUUGCUGGCUCCCCAAGUUCUUGAAAGUUUGGUGGAUUUGGGGAUAAGUAAGUGCUUCUCUGAAGGGUUUGGAUUUAUAGGAGGUGAGGGAGAGAGAGAGAUAGUUUGUGAGGUUGAAUAAUGGAAAAACAGGCUAGUUUUCGUGGGGUGAUGGAGAAACAGCAAAGCUUUCGAAAUAUGGAAAAGCAAAAGAGUUUCAAAGGACUGAUGGAAAAGCAGAAAAGCUUUAGGAUAGCAAUGGAGAGGCAGCUGAGCUUUGGUGGUGAGAGGAAAAGGGGCAAGGAUUCACCUGGGAAACGAGGCGAUAACCCGCUUCACCUUGCUGCACGAGCAGGGAAUCUAAGUAAGGUGAGGGAAAUUUUACAGAGGUUUGACAGUAAAGCCAUCAAGGAUACGCUAUCAAAGCAGAACCAAGAAGGUGAGACUGCUCUUUAUGUCGCUGCUGAGAAUGGGCACACCUUGGUUGUCGGAGAAAUCUUGAAGCAGCUAGACCUUGAAACCGCCUCUAUUGCCUCUAACAAUGGAUAUGAUGCAUUCCAUAUUGCAGCCAAGCAGGGCCAUCUUGAAGUUCUCAAGGAACUCUUGAAUGUUUUCCCUAACUUAGUGAUGACUACGGAUUCAUCCAAUUCUACAGCCCUACACACGGCUGCUGGUCAAGGGCACGUUGAUGUAGUUGAUUUGCUUCUUGAAAUUGAUUCAAACCUUGCUAAGAUAGCUCGGAACAAUGGUAAGACUGUACUCCAUACAGCCGCAAGAAUGGGCCAUUUGGAAGUGGUGAAAUCGCUUGUAAACAAGGACCCCAGUAUUGGGUUUAGGACAGACAAGAAAGGCCAAACUGCAUUGCACAUGGCGGUGAAGGGGCAAAAUGUGGAUAUUGUGCUUGAAUUAAUCAAACCAGAUCCAAGUGUACUAGCAUUAGGAGAUAACAAGGGAAACACCGCACUCCAUAUUGCAACAAGGAAGGGACGCCCUCAGAUGGUUCAACGCUUAAUAUCCAUUGAGGGCAUCAACAUCAACACAGUUAACAAGGCUGGAGAAACUGCCCUUGACAUUGCGGAAAAGUUUGGAACUCCAGAUGUCGUGACUAUGUUAAAGGAGGCUGGAGCUACCCAUUCCAAAGACCACGGGAAGCCUCCAAGUGCUGCAAAGCAACUCAAGCAGACGGUGAGCGAUAUAAAGCAUGAUGUUGAGUCCCAGCUUCAACAGAGCCGACAAACUGGGUUCAAGGUCAGAAAAAUAGCGAAGAAGGUGAAGAAGCUUCAUAUUAGUGGCCUUAACAACGCCAUCAACUCUCUCACAGUUGUCGCCGUCCUUAUUGCUACUGUUGCUUUUGCCGCCAUCUUCACUGUGCCAGGGCAAUACGUUGAAAAGGAAAAGAAAGGGUUUACUCUCGGUGAAGCCAACGUAGCAAAUAAAGCAGCUUUCAUAGUCUUCUUCUUGUUUGACAGCCUCGCGUUAUUCAUCUCCAUAGCUGUUGUGGUUGUCCAGACGUCUGUGGUUGUGAUAGAACAAAAGGCGAAGAAGCAGAUGGUCUUCAUUAUAAACAAGCUCAUGUGGGGGGCUUGCCUCUUCAUCUCGAUUGCCUUCAUUUCGCUUACUUAUGUGGUGGUUGGAACUCGGGAGCAAUGGCUUGCUAUCUAUUCAACCGUCGUGGGUGGAGUGAUAAUGCUAACUACUAUUGGCUCCAUGUGCUACUGUGUAGUUCGUCAUAGGUUGGAGGAAUCGAGGAUGAGGAAUAUAAGGAAAGCUGAGACGCUGUCUCGUUCAUUUUCAAUGUCAAUGGUGCCAUCAGAUUCAGAGCUGUAUAAUGAAAGCUACAAGAGGAUGUAUGCAGUGUAGAAACAAACCGAAUUGGAAAGCAUAGAGAAAACCACGAUAAGGGGCUAUGAUUCAUUCUAGGACGAACAACAUUAAAGCCUUGUAAAGAGCAUACAUUGUAUAUGUGCACAAUCAAUGGAUGAUGGCAUUUGCAGUUGGUUCAUGCUGUAUCCAAGAUGAAGGCUUUCCUCUAAAACUUGUUCUCCCAUUGUCGGUUGAGGACGAGCUGACCCCAUGGCUGCAAAUACCAGGUUGCUAUUCUAGUAACAACAAAGUGCGAAUAUGUUGUGAAUUUCUGAGAUAAAAUUGUAGGAUGGCAACAUUAUAGUUGCUGUAAUUAAUAAUAAUAGUCCUAUAUUUGUUAA